GGGGCCGACGCGGCCGCCCAGAGGGUCUGCGGGGGCUGCUGCGGCGGGACUCGAAGGCCGGCGCCGGGAGCUCAGGGAGCCACACGCGCCUCUCCAAGACCGUGGCCUCGGCAUAGGGAGCGGGUCCGCGCGCCAUCCUGAGCUCAGACCUGAGCCCAUCCUCGUGGAGACCCACGGCAGAGGGGCCAGAGCUGCCUCUGUGCGGGGGAGCCCCGGCCGCUACGCAGCUAUACAGGCCCAUCUGUCUCUGGCUGGAAUUAGGAUCCUUAAAAGAGAAAGGGCUGAAGGACUGCUCACUUAGAAGAGUAGAAGGGGCUGAACAGGACAGAAGGUACAGUUGCGUACUGAGGAUUGACAUGCCACACACUUGCAUGUGUCAGUACAACAACCCUGUGAGAAGGCAUCACAGGAGGUCUCUACAUGAUGUGGCUUCCAAAGACUCAAGGACCACCCACCUUACAAGUCUGCAAUGAAGAAGGCAGAAAUGGAGAUUCGAACACCACGUCUUCUAUUCUUCCAUUAAUCACUCUGUAGACAUGUGUCCCCACUGAAGAGAGUGAACUGCUCCAAGGGGGAAAGUUCUGGGAGCCUCCAAACUCCUAGCUGUCUUGUCCCUCACCCUGGAGAGACGGUGGAACCAUGGCAUUUUAUAGCUGCUGCUGGGUCCUCUUGGCACUCACCUGGCACACCUCUGCCUACGGACCUGACCAGCGAGCCCAAAAGAAAGGGGACAUUAUCCUUGGGGGGCUCUUUCCUAUUCAUUUUGGAGUAGCAGCCAAAGAUCAAGAUCUCAAAUCAAGGCCGGAGUCUGUGGAAUGUAUCAGGUAUAAUUUCCGCGGGUUUCGCUGGUUGCAGGCUAUGAUAUUUGCCAUAGAGGAGAUAAACAGCAGCCCAGCCCUUCUUCCCAACUUGACGCUGGGAUACAGGAUAUUUGACACUUGCAACACCGUUUCCAAGGCCUUGGAAGCCACCCUGAGUUUUGUUGCUCAAAACAAAAUCGAUUCUUUGAACCUUGAUGAGUUCUGCAACUGCUCAGAGCACAUUCCCUCUACCAUCGCUGUGGUGGGAGCAACUGGCUCAGGCGUCUCCACGGCAGUGGCGAAUCUGCUGGGGCUCUUCUACAUUCCCCAGGUCAGUUAUGCCUCCUCCAGCAGACUCCUCAGCAACAAGAAUCAAUUCAAGUCCUUCCUCCGAACCAUUCCCAAUGAUGAGCACCAAGCCACAGCCAUGGCAGACAUCAUCGAGUAUUUCCGCUGGAAUUGGGUGGGCACAAUUGCAGCUGAUGAUGACUACGGGCGGCCAGGGAUUGAGAAAUUCCGAGAGGAAGCUGAGGAAAGGGACAUCUGCAUCGACUUCAGUGAACUCAUCUCCCAGUACUCUGAUGAGGAAGAGAUCCAGCAGGUGGUGGAGGUGAUUCAGAAUUCCACAGCCAAAGUCAUUGUGGUUUUCUCCAGUGGCCCUGACCUUGAGCCCCUCAUCAAGGAGAUUGUCCGGCGCAAUAUCACAGGCAAGAUCUGGCUGGCCAGCGAGGCCUGGGCCAGCUCCUCCCUGAUCGCCAUGCCCGAAUAUUUCCAUGUGGUUGGAGGCACCAUUGGAUUUGCUCUGAAGGCUGGGCAGAUCCCAGGGUUCCGGGAAUUCCUGAAGAAGGUCCAUCCCAGGAAGUCUGUCCACAAUGGUUUUGCCAAGGAGUUUUGGGAAGAAACAUUUAACUGCCACCUCCAAGAAGGUGCGAAAGGACCUUUACCCGUGGACAACUUUCUGAGAGGUCACGAAGAAAGUGGCGGCAGGUUUAGCAACAGCUCGACAGCCUUCCGACCCCUCUGUACAGGGGAUGAGAACAUCAGCAGUGUCGAGACCCCUUACAUAGAUUACACACAUUUACGGAUAUCCUACAAUGUGUACUUAGCAGUCUACUCCAUUGCCCACGCCUUGCAAGAUAUAUAUACCUGCUCACCUGGGAGAGGGCUCUUCACCAAUGGCUCCUGUGCAGACAUCAAGAAAGUUGAGGCGUGGCAGGUUCUGAAGCACCUACGGCACCUCAACUUUACCAACAAUAUGGGGGAGCAGGUGACCUUUGAUGAGUGUGGUGACCUGGUAGGGAACUAUUCCAUCAUCAACUGGCACCUCUCCCCAGAGGAUGGCUCCAUCAUGUUUAAGGAAGUUGGGUAUUACAACGUCUAUGCCAAGAAGGGAGAAAGACUCUUCAUCAACGAGGAGAAAAUCCUGUGGAGUGGGUUCUCCAGGGAGGUGCCCUUCUCCAACUGCAGUCGAGACUGCCUGGCCGGGACCAGGAAAGGGAUCAUUGAGGGGGAGCCCACCUGCUGCUUUGAGUGUGUGGAGUGUCCUGAUGGGGAGUACAGCGACGAGACAGAUGCCAGUGCCUGUAACAAGUGCCCAGAUGACUUCUGGUCCAAUGAGAACCACACCUCCUGCAUUGCCAAGGAGAUUGAGUUUCUGUCGUGGACGGAGCCAUUUGGGAUCGCACUCACCCUCUUUGCCGUGCUGGGCAUUUUCCUAACAGCCUUUGUGCUGGGUGUGUUCAUCAAAUUCCGCAACACGCCCAUUGUCAAGGCCACCAACCGCGAGCUCUCCUACCUCCUCCUCUUCUCCCUGCUCUGCUGCUUCUCCAGCUCCCUGUUCUUCAUCGGGGAGCCCCAGGACUGGACGUGCCGCCUUCGCCAGCCAGCCUUUGGCAUCAGCUUCGUGCUCUGCAUCUCAUGCAUCCUGGUGAAAACCAACCGCGUCCUCCUGGUGUUUGAGGCCAAGAUCCCCACCAGCUUCCACCGCAAGUGGUGGGGGCUCAACCUGCAGUUCCUACUGGUUUUCCUCUGCACCUUCAUGCAGAUCGUCAUCUGUGUGAUCUGGCUCUACACUGCACCCCCAUCAAGCUACCGCAACCACGAGCUGGAGGAUGAGAUCAUCUUCAUCACAUGCCACGAGGGCUCGCUCAUGGCACUGGGCUUCCUGAUCGGCUACACCUGCCUGCUGGCUGCCAUCUGCUUCUUCUUUGCCUUCAAGUCCCGGAAGCUGCCAGAGAACUUCAACGAAGCCAAGUUUAUCACCUUCAGCAUGCUCAUCUUCUUCAUUGUCUGGAUCUCUUUCAUUCCAGCCUACGCCAGCACCUAUGGCAAGUUUGUCUCUGCUGUGGAGGUGAUUGCCAUCCUGGCAGCCAGCUUUGGCUUGCUGGCAUGCAUCUUCUUCAACAAGAUCUACAUCAUUCUCUUCAAGCCAUCCCGCAACACCAUCGAGGAGGUGCGUUGCAGCACCGCGGCUCACGCUUUCAAGGUGGCUGCCCGGGCCACACUCCGCCGCAGCAACGUCUCCCGCAAGCGGUCCAGCAGCCUUGGGGGCUCCACUGGAUCCACCCCCUCCUCCUCCAUCAGCAGCAAGAGCAACAGUGAAGACCCAUUCCCACAGCCCGAGAGGCAGAAGCAGCAGCAGCCGCUGGCCCUAACCCAGCAGGAGGAGCAGCAGCAGCAGCCCCUGACCCUCCAACAGCAGCAACAUUCACAGCAGCAGCCCAGAUGCAAGCAGAAGGUCAUCUUCGGCAGCGGCACGGUGACCUUCUCACUGAGCUUUGAUGAGCCUCAGAAGAACGCCAUGGCCCACAGGAAUUCAAUGCACCAGAACUCCCUGGAGGCCCAGAAAAGCAGUGAUACGCUGACCCGACACCAGGCAUUACUCCCGCUGCAGUGUGGGGAAACAGACUCAGAUCUGACCGUCCAGGAAACAGGUCUGCAAGGGCCUGUGGGUGGAGACCACCGGCCAGAGGUGGAGGACUCUGAAGAGUUGUCCCCAGCACUUGUAGUGUCCAGUUCACAGAGCUUUGUCAUCAGUGGUGGAGGCAGCACUGUCACAGAAAACGUACUGCAUUCAUAAAAUGGAAGGAGAAGGCUGGUCUAGGGAGAAUGCAGAGAGGUUUCUUGGGGUCCCAGGGAUGAGAAAUCACCCCAGACUCCUUUCCUCUGAGGAAGAAGGGAUAAAAGACACAUCAAAUGCCCGAAUUUAGUCACAUCAUUUUCAAUGACAGUGAAUUGACCAAUGUUCCCUUUAAAACUGAAAAAAAAAAAGAGCCUUGUGUUUCUGUGGUUGCAUUUGUCAAAACAUUGAGAUCUCCAUGGUCAGAUUUUCUGUUCACUCACAUCUAAUAUUUCUUCCUCUGUUCUGUCCCACCCAACAGCCCAGAGAUGAAACCAUGGCUUUAAACUACCCUCCAGAGUGUGUAGACUGAUGGGACAUCACAUUUGCCACCACCAGAGCUAAAAGUCUGAAAGACAGUAUGUCACCAGUCCUACUCAAUACCCUGACAACCUACUGAACUUUAAAUGUUCACAUCAUAAGAAGAAUGCAUCUCCUCCUAUUUAUGAAAACCAUAUGCUAUUUGAUCUCCUGCCUGCUGCUGCUAUUGUGUAACAUCCAGAAAGGUUGUGCCCUUCCUAUACCACAUGUCUGAUUCUGUCCAGGACAUGAUAGUGAUGCCAUGUUUAGAUUCCAGGAUCACAAGAAUCACCUCAAAUUGUUGGGAAGGAAUUUGAGGUGAUUUGGGAGGAAAUUGGGAAGGAAUUGCAUAAACCAAUGAGCUGUAUCUGUAAUUAACAUUCCUAUAUGUAGCUUUAUCCUUAGGAAAAUGCUUCUUUUAUAAUAGUUCAUGGACAAUAUAAACUGAAAAAUGUCAGUCGGGUGUGUAUAAGGCAGUAUUAUUGAGCUCUAGUUCUCCAUACCACCAUUCUCACUCCCAUAAGCUGAGCCUUAUAUGAGCCCCUUCAGGGUCUCAAGAGUCCAGAAGUCUCUCCCAUCCCUACCCCUAAGAAUUCGUGAAGCCAUAUCCACCCUGUCCCUGUGCAGAGUAAGCUCCCAGUUAUCGGCUUGCUAAUAGCUACUAGGGUAAGAAAGCAUGGUUCCAAGGGCACCAUCCCCAAAUGUCAGAGCUAUGUUCUCUCCAGCAGUGGCAUUAAUAUUGCUUGUCACCCAGGCUCUGGAGCCAGAGAGACAGACCAUGGUUCAAGCCUGGCUUGAUCACUUGCAAGCUGGGUGACUGUAGGCAGGGAACCUUAACCUCUCUAAGCUCCAGCUUCUUCGUCGCUAAAAUGAGGAUAAUAAUCAUUUUUCUCCCUCAGAGCUCUUAUGUGGAUUAAACGAGAUAAUGUAUGUAAAGUACUUUAGCCUGGUGCCUAGCACACAAUAAGCAUUCAAUAAAUAUUAGUUAAUAUUA